GAUUAAAAAAAAAAAUUGAAGGAGGAAGUCCUUUUGACAACUGUUGAAUUUUGUGUUAUUAUUAAUAACUUUCUUGUAUUGUUUUUUGUUAAUUAAUGUGGAGGCCCUUUCAUAGGUUUUAAAUGAUACAAAAAUGGACUCCUGCUCUGCUUCAAACGCAGCACAAAGUGGAAUUUAUAGCGAGGACCUUAACUUGAGAAAGGAUUUAAUCGUGAGCGUGCUUUCUCAUCGAUCACCAUUCUCUGUAUCCAUCCUGGUCUGGAGUACCUCUGAGUCCUGCUCUAGUUAAAGUAAACCGAGCACAAAGGCUCCUUCAGCGGAGAAAGAGUUACGAAUGACAUUUUCAUCUUGCUCUAUCCUCCUUUCUGAUUGGCCGGGUGACGGAGCGAGUUGCCGACGUUACGCUCCUUGAGCCCAGAUACAAGCUACGUGGAAUGUCCGCACCGGCAAAAUCCGAAUCCGAGUUGACAAGCUGUUUUGGCACAGGAUCAGAAAAGGGCCCCGGUUCCUCUGGAAGGACAGAGGAGGCUAUGCUGGUGCAUCCUGUACUAAAAGCCUUUUUUUGUGGUUCUAUCAGUGGAACAUGCUCUACCCUGCUCUUCCAGCCUCUUGACUUACUUAAAACUAGGCUGCAGACUGUGCAGCCAACUGUCAGUGGUUCAGGUCGUAUUAAAAUGGUAGCUCUACUCUUCAAACUUGCUCGUACAGAAAGUAUAUUUGGACUGUGGAAAGGUGUUUCUCCAUCCUUUGCACGAUGCAUUCCAGGAGUUGGGAUUUACUUCAGCACUUUAUAUAUGAUAAAACAUCAUUUUUUGUGGGAACACUCUCCUACUGCCUUGGAAUCAGUUCUUUUGGGUGCAACUUCACGAACUGUAGCUGUUAUUUGUAUGUUACCCAUCACAGUAGUGAAAACACGAUAUGAGAGUGGAAAAUACAGCUAUGAAAGUGUGUAUGGAGCCCUGAGAAAUAUCUAUCGAUCAGAGGGGGCCCAGGGUUUGUUUAGUGGCCUGUCAGCAACACUUCUUCGUGAUGCACCUUUUUCUGGCAUCUAUCUGAUGUUCUACACACAGACCCAAAAGCUUGCAUCAUAUGGCCAACUAGAUACAACAAUUGUACCACUUAUGAACUUUGGUUGUGGAACUGUGGCUGGAAUUCUGGCCUCAUUAGCUACUCAGCCUGCUGAUGUCAUCAAAACACACAUGCAACUCUCAUCUGAAAAAUACCUUCAGACUGGCCAGGCUAUUGCCUUAAUAUUCAGGAAUUAUGGACUGGCUGGAUUUUUCCAUGGUUCUGUUCCACGAGCUUUGCGGCGCACACUGAUGGCAGCAAUGGCAUGGACUGUAUACGAACAAAUGAUGGCUAAGAUGGGUUUGAAAUCCUAAGGGAUAUGGCAAGAAACAAUCCCUCUACCUUUAUUUUUCCAUUUACUGUUAUUGCUUGGUGAGACUUGUGUUUGGAAUAGUCCUAUGUGAAAGGUCACUUGCUUAGGUAGUUUUUAUCUAUACACUGAAUUGCCAAAACAAUUGCUCAGAAUCUUUAGAAAUAUGAGUGAAUGGAGUAGAAUAAUGUGACAGCAUAGGGGAGAUAUUUCAGGAAACCUGUGCCAUACUUGGAAAUUGUAUGAACUUCUGUCUGUUUCAUGGUUUAGUAAGUACUAUAGAGUAUUCGUAGUUCAGGGUUGAACUGUGGGGUCCUUGGUGCUCUCUGAGUUUGGUGUUUUUUUGCAGACGUUUCAUUACCAACUAGGCAACAUGGUCAGUGAAAACCAAGGAUCCUAGAACUGUGAUGGUGAACCUAUGGCAUGUGUGGCAGAAGUGGCACGCAGAGCCCUCUCUACUGGCACGUGCGCCAUUGCCCCAGGUCAAUCUUUGUGGUGUUUCUUUCAUGAGCUUCUGUUUCCCUGCAAAUGAUGAAACAAAAGCUCACGAAAGAAAAAGAUCUUACUUCUUGCCGCGCUGCCGGUGUUGGGAUGCCCCGCCUUGCACCUGCCACCUGGUCUUUGGGUCUCUGCUGCGCAUGCAUGCAUAUCCGUGCAUGUGUGUGCAUGUCUGCACAUGUGCAUGUUCAUCUGUGUGCACACCUUUCAGUUUGGGCAUGCGUGUGCAUGCAGUUUGGGCACUUGGUGUCUAAAAGGUUCACCAUCACUGUUCUAGAACUUAGAAACAUUAUUCUAGCUGGUUUCAAUCUCCAGAAUUGUGUCCUGCAUUUCUUCUCUGCUUUCAAUAUUGCUCUUGUUAUAUACUCAAUCAAAAAAAUCUAAGGGAAGCUUUGCAAAGGAUUUCAUCAAGAAAAUCUCAUUCACUGUUUGCUUGAUACAAUUGUUAAACUAACAAAAUUAAUGCUAAAGUAAAAGACUAAAUUUAACAUUUUGAUUAAAAAUAAUACUAGGAUAUCAUCUUGUCAUUUCUCAAGCAGCUUUCUUCAAUCUUGCUUCAUCCAGGCUUGUUGGCACUGUGGCUUUCAAAAGUGAUAUUUAAUAUAGCUAGAGUUGCAGUUCCAGUAUAAAUGGACAGGUUUAGUUUGUAGAAAUCUUUUCCUUAGAGUCUUAAUUCUGCCAAAUUCAUAAUGAAACAUUGUUUCAAUGUUCCUAUUUAAGAUUAAAUUAGAGAGUUGAAUGUUGCAUGCAUUAUUUUUUUUUUUAUUGAAAAAGUUUUCAAAUACAAAUUUUCCCCCCCUUUUCCCCCCCUCUCCCUCUCCCUCCCUAACCCCCCCUCCCCACCCA